GGCACAUUUCCGACGUCAAUGACGUCGUCGGACUACGUCCCCAGACCCCUUGACCACACCAGCGUCAUAAAGUUCGACAGGGGUAAACAGGAGAGCUACUGCCGUGUGGUCAUCCUGGAUGACAGCCUGUUUGAAGACGAGGAGACGUUCACCGUGCUACUCUCUGACCCGGUGGGCGGGAAGCUGGGAAAAAUAAGCAGCAUCCAGAUCAUCAUAGAACCC